AUGGGAAAGAAAUUACAAGGUGCCAAACUCCGGGCCAAAAAGAGGAGCAAACUCGCCGCCCAGAACUCCCUGGAGACAAAAGCCGAAGAAGCCGAGACCCAACAGGUUACCACCAAAGCCAAUGAGGAACUUUUUGUCGUGGAUACCACUGCCGUCCUUCCUUCCAAAAAGCAAUUGGUCAAGAAAGAACAAAAGAAGCGAAAAUUUUCCAACUCGGCCAAGGAGGAGGCCCAAAUCAACAAACUAGUGGACACGCAUUCGCCCACCAAAUUGCAAGAAUUGGCAAAGGUUGAAACCGCAAAGCGCGCCAGAAUUAAGAAGGAUGUGGAUCCAAGCUUUGAUUUGUGGGGGGAUGAUGGUGAUGACAAAACGCCCAAAAGCAAAAAGGGUAGAACACAAAGUAAGAAAAAGCAGAUUGCAACUUCUAAUCCAGGAAUUGGCCCCUCGCUUGCUGGAACCAAACCAGCCCACAAACCAUCCAAUUAUUCGAUCACUGCCAUGCCUGACCCCAACACCAAGAAAGUUUCGGUGGAUGUUGCCGAAGCGGGACAAUCCUAUAAUCCUGAUAGAAUACAACACAGAAAUGUUAUCGCAAAGGCUGUUGAGGUGGAAGAAAAGCGUCAAAGAGCUGAAGAAUUAAACGCGGCUCCCAUUAGCAAGGGCAUGUCGGAAGAAACCAAAGCGUAUCUCUUGGAGGAUUCAGAUUUGGACGAUGAUUCUUCCGAUGAGUCUGACAGUGGCGAGCCCAAAGAAAAGGGCCCCAUUGAAAAGAAAAAGGAUAAACUAACCAGAGCCCAGCGGAAUCGACAAAAGAGAAUCAAACAGGAACUCUAUGAUAUUGCCCAACGAAAGAAGGACAAAAAGUUUCAGAAUUCGGUUGCAGAAGCCAAGGUCAUUGCAAAACAACUUCGAAAAGAAGAGGCGGAAAAGCGUCAAAAGGCGCAAGCUCUCAACAAACUCAAGGAAGAAAGCGAGCGAACCAAAGGAAAGAAUGUAUACCAUCAACUUGCAGACGAAAAUCCUGUGGAUGCUCCCACGUACCCUGUUGCACUGUCGAGUGAAUUGAAAAAUCAUGGUGGCUCCCUACGAACCAUCAAGCCAAAGGGAUCUCUCGUCAACGAUCGGAUGGCCAGUUUCAUGGACCGUGGCAUGGCCGCGAAGAAGCAGCUAAAGCAAAAAAGAAUAGUCUCGGGAAAAAGAAGAAAAUUCAAGGUGAAGGUCAGAGGAAAAGGUUUUGAAGCUUCCAAGGAAGGAGGAAUCAUGGGAUAG